UCUAAGCAGAUCUUUUAGAGAAAUUAUAGUGAAUGAAGGAUUCAGAUUCAUAGAUUUCUCUGUCUCUGUCUUCUUGAGAACAAUUAACUCUUUUUCUUUGGAUGACCGAAUUUGAUGAUAUGUUCGUAGUAAGACUCGUCAGAGUCUUCAGAGUCUUCAUUAUUAUAAAUUAUGGCAGCUUGCAUUGCAAGAUGAGAAACUGACAGGUGAUUCUGGUCAAAUUGAGUUUGGCUCAUUAGUGCAAUGUUUUUAGUGAUUCUUCUCAUUCUUUUUUCUUUCUCACGCUCUUUGACAAGCUUUAUUACGUUUUUUCUCAUUAGUUCGCGUUGCUUUCUUGCUCUAAAAGGGUCUCGAUCUCCACGUGGCAUGGAUAGCUUUAUUAUUAAAUUAAAACAAGAGGUCAAUUUUUAUAUGUGCUAA